UCGCACGUUGGCCCCAAGGUCACUCUGUCAGCGAGUUUUGUGGCGUCCGGUUGGUUUUUCCGUUAUUCGCUGCGUCGCUCGUUCUCCUCGUUCGUUUUUGUAUUUCCAUUUCCUCCACGUUUUUGGCGUCGUACGUGUACGUGUUCCGCUCUCUACCGCUCUCUCCUCUCACUCGCGCGCGCGGGCUCUCGCGCUUGUCAAGUGUGUGUCGUUGGUAUGUGUGUGUGAGUAGCGCAGCGCAAUAGAAAACAUUAGUGAAUUUUUUUCGGGUGAAGCGCGGUGAAAAAUGCGUGCGCGCGUGUGUGUGCGUGUGCGAAAAUCAAUAUGAAAACAUGAAUAACAAAAGCUAAGAAAAACAGCAACAAAAAAGGAGAAAAUAAUAAAAAAAAAAAAAGAGGAAAAGGAAAGAAUAAAACAGUAAGCCAUUCCAGUGAGUGCACACACCAGAGAUUUCCAGAGAGAUCCCCACAUCCAGGCAGAAGUCCAGGUUCCAGUUUCCAGGAUGUCGCUGCAAACGAAAAGGCAGCACUGCUACUUGUGCGACUUGCCCCGAAUGCCGUGGGCGAUGAUCAAUGACUUUUCGGAGGCAGUGUGCCGCGGUUGCGUCAAUUACGAGGGCGCCGAUCGCAUCGAGGCGGUGCUGGACGCCGCCCGCCAAAUGAAGCGUCUCCAUCCCGCCAGCAAACAGCAGCGUUCGCACGAGAACGGCGAAGUGGCCGCCGCCGCAGCGGUUGUGCUUCAGCAGCAACAACAGUUACAAGUAGGACCGGUUCCGGGACCAGGUCCGGGCUCCCAUCGCGGCGGUGGACCGCCCGGUGGGGGUGGUCCGGGCCCAUCAGGUGCGGGGGGCCCGGGGUCCCUAUCACUUGGCUCGGCCGUGGCCGCUGCAGCAGCUGCCGCCGCCCAUCAUCAUCAUCAGAUGCCCUAUCAAAUGCCCGUGCCGCGCAUCGGUCCACCCCUGGAUUAUCCCGUUAAGCUGGAAGAUGCCCCCGGUGGUGGAGUGCGUCCAGUUAGGAUUUCCCAUAUGACGCCCCUCCACCUGCGGGGCGGAGGUGGAGGCGGCCCUGGAGGGGGCGUGCCCACAGCCGGAACCGGCCAAGGGAACAAUCUACCGCCCACCCUGUCCGUUAACCUUAAGCGACCGCCCAGCGAGGACGUCGACGUGGAUGUAGCCCAACAGCAACAGUCGGCCCACGGUUUACCAUCGGAUGGCGGACCAGCCCCCCUGUCCGCCGGCGGAGGCGGAGCGGGGGGUGGUCCGCCCGGCGUCAAGCGCAGCGCCAUGGACGAUCCCACAGGCGUGGGCGGCAGGCCGCCGUUGACCCGAGGCGAGUCCCUGCCCGCAGCGGUCAGCUAUGUCCCCGAACGGCAGCUAAGCGGUCUGAGGGAUAAACAGCAGCCGGUCAGAGCGCCCAGCUUCGAUGCAUCGACCUUCAAAGCAGAGCACAUGUCCCCGGCCAGUCGACGCAAUGGAUCGAGCCCGCCCUCGGGACCGCUGCCUCCGCGCAGCGUACACUCGCCGAAUAGUUCGGGUUCCUCGUCGGGACGUCGUUCAUCCGGAUCCCGUCACGUGUCCAGCACCACCGUCACCAGCUCCGAGGUGGGUGGCUCAAAUCAGGGCCAAGCGGUGGCGGCCGGCGGACUUGGAGGUGGUGGCGGUGGCGGAGGAGGGCCCGGAGCCAAUGCCGCCGGCGGACCCCUUGGCGGACCGAGCGUCGGCGGCGGCAGUGGACAACUGAGCUGCACCAGCGGCGGACCGGGCGGCAGUGCCGGCUCCGGGACCGGUGGCAAUGGAGCCAUCGGCCCCGCCUCAAUGGCGCCAAAUUCGGUGACCGGCGAUGGCAGUCCAGCCGGCGGCAGCGGUCCAUCCGGCAGCAAUGGCAGCGGCGGAGCCGUGAAUCCCGGUCCCGGCAGCAGCGGCAGUCAGUGCGGGACACCUUUGGCCAGCGGUGGCGGUGGAGGAUCGGCGGGUGGCGGCGGCGGUCUCAGCGGAGCUCCGGGCAGCAGUGCCGCCUCAAAUUCCGCAGCGGCAGCGGCGGCGGCGGCCGCCCAGAAUGCCACGCUCAAGUGCACCCUGUGCCAGGAGCGAUUGGAGGACACGCACUUCGUGCAGUGCCCGUCGGUAAACCACCACAAGUUCUGCUUUCCCUGCAGCCGCGAGAGCAUCAAACGACAGAAUGGUCUGGGCAACGAGGUGUACUGUCCCAGCGGCGAUCGCUGUCCGCUAGCCAACUCGGUGAUACCUUGGGCCUUCAUGCAGGGCGAGAUCACCACUAUCCUGGGCGAGGAGGUCAAGGUGAAGAAGGAGCGCGAGUCUUAAUGUCCAUUUUACUGUAAGAAGCUGCGCAGAGCUUUGGAGCACUUUUGAGAUGCGAACGAAGACCAACCCCCUGGAUAAUAUCUCGCAACCAACUCUCGACCCUCUUCAGUUGGGUCACUGGUUUACGAUUGGGGGAUUUUAAGGAGCAACAACCGACUUUUUUUGGCUACGGCGGCGGCAUCUCAGCAGUAGCAGACAUGAAUAUAAAAUGCUCUGACUUUGUCCAUGACGACCGACCAAACGACAACAACAACAGCAACAACAGCAAAACCACAAUUUUGUAGGCGUAAGCAAAAAAUGAUGAAACCACUUAAUGAAAAAUGCAAUUUGUUACCAGCAAACAAAAAAAUGUUAAGGAGAAAAGAAAAGAAAGGAAAAGAAAAACACCAAAACGCUCGCAAAUGAGAAAAACAAAUGUAAAAACGAAAGCGUUGAACACACAUUUUUGUAGCAUAUUUGUAGGCGUGCGUUGGAAAAUUUGUCCGAAAUACCAACUUAUACAAAAAUGCAUACGUAGCCAAGUGAGAUAGAUUACCGAACCGAAAACAAAUGGGAGAAACUUGAAAUAUUUCUUAAUUACAAAGCAAAAACUAAAAUCAACCUACUUGUAGCAGAAGCAAGCGGCAAAUCACAAAUAAAGGAAUAUACACUUGCUGGCAUUAGAUAUAAAACCCUUUUUUUUAAUACGAGUAUACAUAAAACCUAUAUAUUAUACGAUAACUAUAGAUUUUGUUAUGUAGGCGAGCGAUUUAAUUGAUAAGUUACGUUUAGUUUGUACUAAUUAAUUAAUUUAUUUCUAUAAAUGUUGCCUAAUUUACAAUCUACAUUUUACCCUCCUUCCCUCACACUUUCACGUUUUUUUUAAAUACUUAUUAUUUUUAUUUUUAUAAAUACCUUUAUUUUUUUUUUUUUGUAAUUUUAACUAAUUUAAAACAACACAAUGAAAGAAACGAAUGGAAAAGAAAGAGAGAAAAACAGUUAUUAUGCUAAAGAAAAAUGUACAUACGUAUGCAUACCACAUAAUCGGAAUAUAAAUAUAUAAUAUUAAUAAUAUAGAAA